AUGGCCACCCCCGAGCCUACCAGCCCCCCUAGGGCAACAAGCGCAGCAGCUCUCGAGCCAUCUGAUUCCAGGCAGAAUUCAGCACGGCUGAAUAGGGAUGAACGGAUCCGAGUAUUAACCCUUCGAGAUGCUGGAUUUACAUAUCUUCAAAUCUCUCAGCAACUUCAAAUUAGCUAUCGCCAAGUCCAAUAUACGUGCCAAAGCCAGCAAGCAACCCCUAAAAAGGCCCGUGGCAACCCUCCGAAGCUCUCCGAGGCUGAAGUUGAUCAUAUUAUCGAAUGGAUUACUUCUUCGAAGCGUACGCGACAGCUUAACCUAUCUAUUGGAAAGCACGCCCUGGCUCGAGCCCUUAAAAAACGAGGUUAUAUACGAUGCAAGGCUCUUAAUAAACCUCCUCUAUCAGAUAAACAUAAACAAGUACGUCUUGCCUGGGCCCUAGAGCAUUUGAAUUGGACGACUGAACAAUGGAAUCGUAUCCUUUGGUCUGAUGAAACAUGGGUUACUUUAGGAUUUCAUACGAGAAUCUGGGUAACUAGAAAGGCUGGUGAAGAGUUAGAAGAGACUUGCAUACGAUCCUCUCCUGCACGGAAACGUGGAUGGAUGUUCUGGGCUACUUUUCAUGGGAAUAACAAGGGUCCGUGUUUAUUCUGGGAGAAGGAAUGGGGAACUAUUAACUCAGAGAGAUAUUGUCAACGGGUUAUACCAAUUAUUGAUGGCUAUAUUCGCUUAUUACGAGACGAUAUCUGGCUUCAAUUUAUGCAGGAUGGGCCACCUGGCCAUGCGAGUAAGGAGACUCUCGAAGAGCUUCAUUCUCGUGGGAUAUAUCCAAUUUAUUGGCCAGCAUUCUCACCUGAUCUCAAUCCAAUUGAAGCAGUAUGGAAUUGGAUGAAGGAUUGGAUUCAAGAACAAUAUCCAGAUGAUGAGCAACUUUCUUAUGAUCGACUCCGUGAGAUUGUACGAGCUGCUUGGGAUGCACUGCCUGAGCAGUUUUUGAAGGAGCUCAUUGACUCUAUGCACGCUAGAUGCCAAGCUGUAAUAGAUGCUCGAGGUGGUCAUACAAAAUAUUAG